AUGGAUCACUCAAUCCAGCGGUUGCUGAACGACAAAGCUUAUGAUCGGAGGAAGCAAGGGGCCUUGGAGCUCGAGAAAGUCGUUCGGGACUCUGCCUUCAGAGGAGAUCAUGAAGUCAUUCAGAAGAUCGUCGACCAGCUCUGUCACGACUACGCCUACGCCGUUCACCAACCCCAUGCUCGAAACGGCGGUUUAAUCGGACUUGCUGCAGCGUCGAUAGCCUUAGGAUCUGAGGGAGUAGCUCCCUAUUUGAAAGAGAUCGUGCCGCCGGUUUUAGCUUGCUUUUCAGAUCAGGAUGCAAGGGUUAGAUAUUAUGCUUGCGAGAGCAUGUACAACAUUGCCAAAGUCGCAAAAGGAGAGAUCUUGCUUUUCUUCAAUGAAAUCUUUGAUGCGCUUAGCAAGUUAGCUUCGGACUCUGAGCUGUCCGUCAAGAAUGGAGCAGAACUGCUCGAUCGGCUUGUCAAAGAUAUUGUUUCCGAAUCAGCUGCACACCAUGUGUCAGUCUUACAGCUCUCAGAAAAACAGUCCUCCGACCCCGAUGGCGUAGUGGACGAACUCCCAACAGCAUUUUCGCUACCGAAAUUUAUACCAUUGCUCAAAGAACGCAUACAUGUUCUCAGCGCUUUCACGCGGACGUUCUUAGUGUCAUGGCUGACUUUGCUGGACACGAUCCCUGAUCUAGAGCUGGUUUCUUACCUACCAGAAUUUCUAGGAGGGUUGAUUAAAUUCCUAGGCGACCCCAACAGGGACGUCAAUGUCGCCACGCAGGGGCUGCUUGAUAGGUUUCUGGCGGAGAUCAAAAGGAUCGCUCGUCUCAAGAAAGGGCUAGAAGAAAGCCGCAAAGGCCAAAGCGACAACCGACGCUCGAUCACUAGUGACAGCACUGGCUUGACUACAGACCCAACGGUUGCCAUCGAUACCGAUAGCCAGGAUAACGCCAUUGAGGACUCGGAAGCGGAAUCUGUCGGUACUGAAGAAGAUGGUUUGCAGGCCGAUGGAGACUGGAUUCCUGGCCAAGAUGUACAAAUCGACUGCCCGAAAAUCUUGGAUAUCCUCGUUGGCUUUGUUGAUACCUCUUUUGACGAGGAGAUGCAGUUGACUGCGCUGCGAUGGAUUGAUAGCUUUUUUGAAAUCAGUCCCGGAGAUAUCCUCCCAUUCGUUCCCCGUCUGCUUGACCAAGUGCUCCCAGCCCUGUCUAGUGACUCGGACCAAGUACGACAGGCAGCGCAUCGUGACAACACCUCGCUAUUGGAUUACAUCUUCAGCUUAUCCCUAUCUGAAGACAAUUCAGACGAGGCCCGGCAGAUGAAAUUACACACGACAACCACGAAAGGAUUUGCUGAAAGAAGAGCGUCCACGCCAACUAGUAGACCGGAGGCCUCAGGAACCGACUCCAAGAAGGCCUCACCGCGAAAUAGCAUCCUAUCCGCUGCUCCAUCGGCCCCCGCGGAUCUCGACUAUAGCUCGGCUGUCAGUUCACUUACUCUACAGUUCUUGAAUGAACACGAAGUUACCAGAGUAGCUGCCCUGUCAUGGCUGCUAAUGCUGCACCGCAAAGCUCCAAAGAAGGUCGCAGCGUUCAACGAUGGGAUAUUCCCGGCCCUUCUCAAGACACUGUCUGAUCCAGCCGAAGCUGUUGUUACCAAAGACCUCCAGCUUCUGUCACAGAUAUCGAGGAACAGCGAGGAUAGUUACUUCAAAUCGUUCAUGGUGAACUUGCUGCAGCUAUUCUCUACCGAUAGGAGCCUGCUCGAGAACCGAGGAAAUCUUAUCAUCAGACAGCUAUGCAUGAACUUGAGUCCAGAACGGAUUUAUCGCACCCUCGCAGACUGUCUCGAAAAGGAAGAUGACAUUGAGUUCGCAAGUAUCAUGGUUCAGAAUCUCAACAAUAAUUUGAUAACUGCGCCCGAGCUUUCAGAGUUACGGAAACGAUUGCGAAACCUGGACUCGAGGGACGGCCAGACAUUCUUCGUAACUCUAUUCAGGUCUUGGUGCCACAAUGCCGUGUCAACAUUCUCCUUAUGUUUGCUUGCUCAGGCAUACGAACAGGCGUAUAAUCUCCUUCAGGUUUUCGCCGAGUUAGAAAUGACAGUCAACAUGUUGAUCCAAAUCGACAAACUAGUACAGCUCCUUGAGUCUCCCGUUUUCACCUAUCUCCGUCUUCAACUUCUCGAACCCGAAAGAUACCCAUACCUCUACAAGUGCCUUUACGGCGUUCUCAUGCUCCUCCCUCAGAGCUCAGCCUUCGCAGCGCUCAAGAACCGACUCAACAGCGUCAGCAACAUCGGCCUGCUCCAUACCGGACCCCGUCUAACCUCAAUGGCCUCAACCACGACCUCAACCUCCUCCUCCUACGACCGAAGCAGCACGCGCCUCAAAAAUCGCGACGAAAACUCCAUCCGCUGGGUCGACCUCCUUGACAAAUUCAAAUCCGCCCAGGAGAAGACCCGCUCCUCGCAGCGCCCCUCCCAACAACGGCUUUUCGAUAAUGACACUACAGCAUCAUCAGCGUCGGCUCUCCAAAACACUACACUCACAUCUGCCGAUCAGAUUCGAAGAGAUAAGAGCUUACCGGACCCGCCACGCCCUGGCUUCGGGACGGCAGGAGGUCGGGCUUCACCGGCUGACAGUACCGGCGGUGCGCAGAAGGGGAGGCAGAAGUCGGGGUUACCGAAUUUGUCGAGGCUGAGGCUUCCUGGAGCGAAGAAUAAACGAUGA